UCGACGACGGGAUCAAAGAAAGUUUCAAUUGCCGAUCAUCGCCGGCGCCGAGAACCUCUCCAGAUCUUUCAUCACCAGGUUCGUCUUCAUCUUCUCUUUUCAGAAAUGUUCACAAAUAUAUGCCGUAAGAUCUUCUACCAAUCUCUACGAAAGAGUAAACCGACGAACAGUUUCCGAUUCCACAUUUCAUUCUCCUCCAGCGCAUCUUCUUCUUCUCCUCAACCUAUCAGCCGCGUUGCCGCCGCCGAGUACUUGAAUCUACAUCACAACUUCUCUUCAGAGGUAGCAUCGAAACUCUCCUCCAUUUGCGGUUCUAUAAAUCCCGAGAAAUGCGAUUCCGUCAUUUCAAUUUUGAAAAAAACAGGAUUCUCUCAGACGGAUAUGGAGCGAUUAGUCAGCGGAAUACCCCGAAUUUUGUCUGCAAACCCUCACAAAACGGUAGAGCCCAAAAUCAAGACCUUUAUCAACUCCGGUUUCUCCACUGCAGAGACUGUAGACUUACUCGUGAUUGAUCCCAGGAUUCUAUGUCGAAGCAACGAUUACAUUUCGACAACACUUGCUAAACUGAAUGAGAUAUUGAAAUCCCAUUCUAGAGUAUACAAUUUCCUGAAACUGGGACGGUUUCCAUCUACCUGUUUGGAUAAACAUAUGAUACCAAACAUCAAAUUGCUAGAAGAUUUGGGUAUAAAUUCAGAGCAGCUUCGAAGAUAUCUAUCUCAAACGCCUAGGAACUUUUAUUUCAGAACAGAGAGAUUGAUGGAGCUGGUGAAUAAGGCUGAUGAAUUGGGUAUCAGGAGAAGUUGCAAUAUGCUUCUUCCAACAAUUAGAAUCUUAAGUUCAAUGUCGAAAGGAAGAUUGGAGAGAAAACUUAACCUUUUGAAAGGUUUGGGUUUUGGAGAAGAUGAAAUCAGUGAGAUGAUUAAGAGGACACCUCUAGUUUUGAGUGUUUCGGAGGAGAAGAUGGAGAAGGUAACGAAGUAUUUACUUAGUAGUGGAGAAGCUGAGAUAUCUACCAUUGUUGGAUACCCUUUGUUGCUUAUGUUCAGUUUCGAGAAAAGGGUGAAGCAUCGAUUGCAGGUGCUGAAAGAAUUGAGAAGUAAGGAUUUGGUUAAUGGGAAGGUUAAUUUGUUAACUGUUUGCAAGUUAAGUGAUUCUAAAUUCUUGAAUAAGUAUGUUGUUCCUUAUUCAGAUAAAUAAUACUAAUAUUAUUGAGUUGGGAUCUUUAGAGAUUCUUCUGAGUUUGAAGCUUAAUAAUUCAUUGUUCAUGAACAUUUAACUUUGUUUGAUUCAAUAAUUGGAGGUGAUUCUAUGUUUUCUUGUU